AACUUUUCGCGCACAUCCGAUCAGUACCGCUUCAACGAGAGCUCCGUGCUCUUUCGUUGUUGUAAGCAGUUUCUUUUGUAUGGCGGGUACUUAAAUUCUCGACGAAGGCUCGUGUUGUUCAGUCGUUCGUGCAUCGCGGUUUCGGCUGAAACACAACAGCGGUGAAAAGGAAAAAAGAAAGAAAGAAAGAAAGAAAGGGCACAUUCGUAAUCGCCGAAACGCUAUCAAGUGAUUGUAUUGUUGACACAUCGUUGCACGUUGCAUCGUUCAGCAUUAUUCACCAAACCACGCCAAAGAUUUAUUUCAUUGCAAAGUCGUUCGCGAUGACAGGGAGGAGAACGUUGCACGCCUAGAGAACGAAAUCACUUUGUUUGUAGAAGUUGAAGGAGAGGAGAGGAGAGACGAGACUACAAGCACGGUUGUUUGUAUAUAUAAAUAGAAUCACCGUGGUGCGUAGCGAUACGCAGCAGUUGCACGUCCACUAGCGGAGGCCGACUGUCUCUCCACCGCCGGCAAACUUGUUAUGACAAUUCGCGCGUGCCGUGUCGUUUCACGGGAUGUGCAGUGCCGUUUGACUCGCGUGGUCGGAUCUUGUUCGUGAUCUGAGCGUUGCAUCUCACGCCUUACGUCGCCGCGUGUUGCACCGAACGGAGGAAAGAGAAAACAAAAAAACGUGUCCGAGUCUCGAUCCUCGCGGAGAAGAAGCGUACUUCACCGAAGGGGAGGUUAUUGCACGCUGCACCUCGUUGGACGGUCGUCGAUUUGUUAAUCAGUCGGUGUGAAACGGUGGGCUCGCGCGAUAUGGCAGUAUUCCGGCUGACUCUGAGAGUUGACACGACCGCGCGCGAGUCUGAAAGAAGACAUGGCAGCGGAUUUUGACGAGCGAUACUACACCGCUGCUCCUGUUAUUCGCUAACAGGAGGGGAGGGAGUGUGUUCGAAGUCGCGCGGAAGUGGCGUAGCGUGAGGCGACGAAACUUUUGUCGCAAACUCACACACACACACACACAUACACACACGGGAUAAAGUCACGGGGGAAAGAAGCACGAGAGCGCGCGCAGCUGCGCGCACUUCUACGAAAAUAGAACUCUGCAUAAGUGUGCGGAGGUGCCAACGGUGAAACGAGCGAACGGUGUGACAUUAAGGCGAUCGUAGAAUGUCGCGCGUGUCGCUCAACAAGUCGCAGUACAGCCAAUACGGCUCGCGCCGCGUGCGGAAGAUCAGCACGACGGAAAGUGAAUAUUCUGUGGAAGAGCAUGCAAGAUUAACUACCACUGAUGGAGUUAGUGAUGAAGCAUCUCCAGAAGAUGAAGGAGGGUCACUGUGUGAAUACCACGAUAUACCACCUCCACCUGAUGGCGGAUAUGGCUGGGUGGUGGUAUUUGCAUCGUUCAUGUGUAACAUGAUAGUGGAUGGUAUUGCUUACACAUUUGGCGUUUUUUUGGGAGAAUUUGUUACAUAUUUUGGAGAAGGAAAAGGAAAAACUGCAUGGGUUGGAUCAUUGUUAUCUGGCAUGUACCUCAGUGCUGGACCUGUUGUCAGUGCUUUAACAAAUAAGUAUGGAUGUAGAGCAGUAUGUAUGGCAGGAAGUAUUUUAGGUGCAGCAGCAUUUGUACUUUCAACAUUUUCGACCAGUGUAAAUAUGCUUAUGAUAACUUAUGGUAUUAUGGGAGGAAUUGGAUUUGGUCUAAUAUAUUUACCAGCAGUAGUAUGCGUAGGUUAUUAUUUUGAAACCAAACGAUCUCUAGCCACAGGCAUUGCUGUAUGUGGUUCAGGAUUUGGCACAUUUGCAUUUGCACCUCUCGCAACAAUGUUACUAGAAGAAUAUAAUUGGAAAGGAGCGAACUUAAUUCUUGCUGGCCUUAUUUUAAAUUGUGCUGUCUUUGGUGCAUUGAUGAGGCCAUUAGAAUAUCCAAAAGCUUCUUCUGUUAAACCGUUGUUACAAAGAAUGGCGGAAGAGAAAAGAUUUCAAAUGGAACGUGGAAGUAUUGGAGGUUCUUAUUUCAUGGUACAAUUACCUGAUGGAUCAAUGGAGAAAAGGAUGAAAAUGCCUAUUAAUAUCGAUCCUGGUGUUCAUUCCAGUUUCAAUUUAGACCAAUUAGUGCCUGGAACUCCUUUAACGCCAGUUCCAACGGUGCCGACCCUACCCACUAUAUCGGAAGUGAAAGUACAAGAACACUCUUCCAGUGGAGCAACUAGUAAUAGUGGCAGUAUGGAUUUAAAAAAUAUUUCCACUAAAUCAAGGAGCAGAAAAAACAUCGAUGAUACCAAAGAUACAAAAGACACGUCGGAAAAGUCUGAAAACGAAUUCAAACCGAUAAUUCCCAGAAAUGCUUCACAGCCUGCUUUUACAACCCACGUACAAGGUCUACCUAAAAAUGGUUCGGUACCCUUCUUCGAUCGGAUCCGCAAAACUAGCACUAGCGAAAGAUACAAACCAAGCCUUAGCGCGAUUAAGAACUCCAGAACAACAUUGAACUCUAAUGGUGAUAUAAGAAAGAGUUUGCAUUUGAGACUUUCGACGAGCAGUGUCAUGGGCUCUCGAAAUAACAACGCGGAAGUAGACGAUGGCGAAAGUAUUAUUUUUACCACCAGCAAAUCUAGUAUUCCAAAAGAGAAACAGCAAAUUCGACCGCUAUCGAGAAAGGAUAUAUUUUACAGCGGCAGCGUGCUUAAUUUACCAGAAUAUCAGAGUCAAAAGUCACUUGCAAAUUAUCGUCAAAGCGUUAUUUCAUUAUCGAAGUCCGUUCGUGGGGAUAUUAAAGAUACUGACAUUGAAAAAGCGCGCCAAGAACAAGCCUUGUGUCCCUGUUUGGUAUUGCCUGAUUCGUUCAAAGAAGCUUUGGCAACUAUGAUGGAUGUAUCUUUGCUAAAGAAUCCAGUAUUUCUUUUAAUCGGUAUUAGUAACGUGUUCGGAAUGGCUGGACUAUACGUUCCUUUUGUAUAUUUAUUAGAUGCUGCUGUUUUAGAUAAUAUUGACAAGACUCUUGCGUCAUAUUUAGUAUCUAUAAUUGGAAUUACUAAUACUCUGGGUCGUGUAGCUUGUGGAUAUAUUGCAGAUUUUCCACAAGUAGACUCAUUGUUGUUGAACAAUAUCUGCUUAAUUAUAUCGACAGUUGCUGUAGCUGCUAUUCCAUUUUGCCAUUCUUAUCCUGCUUACAUUAUUAUGAGCAUUCUUUUCGGUAUUGCUAUAUCUGGAUACAUUUCCCUGACGUCGAUUAUUUUGGUCGACCUUUUAGGACUAGAUAAAUUGACCAAUGCAUUUGGCCUUUUAAUCUUAUUCAGAGGAGCUGCAGCUAUCAUCGGUUCACCCUUGGCCGGUGCCGUUUAUGAUGCAACGCAAAGUUACAGCAUCCCAUUCUUUAUGGCAGGAUUUUUCUUCUUUGUAAGCACGGUUACUAGUUUCAUGGCCCCAGCUAUGAAACGGUGCACAACGCCGCAGACUCAGCCUGUGAUAUUAGAUACAUUGACUCCAAUCGAUGAAGAUAUUGAAGAAGAGAACGAAGAAGAUAUCCCUGAAAUCGUAGAAACUGCACCAUCUCCACAAGAACCACCCGAGAAGGAAAUUAAACAAAUAGAGUCUGUUUUAUAAAGUCUGGUCUGCAUAAGGAGAGAAAAAUAGCCUUCAUCUCCGAGCCACACUGUGAUAGGGCUACUGUUUCGAAAAUGUCUGA